AUGGAAUUGGUAACAUACGACCCAAAGACCAAAAAGCUAUCCCUCCCAAAAGAGUCGGCCUCGUCAUUUCCAGCAUUGAAGUUGGAGAUUGAGCAGCUCAACACCCUUACACAACAAUACAUAAACCAAGGCAGCGACGUGCCACCGGUACCAACUCCGGAAAACUUCAACAAGGACAUGUCGAAAAUGAUCAAGAAACUCUACGAAGGCGGCGUGCAAGCUUUCAAAAUGGGCAAAUUUGAAGAAAGCGUGCGCCAGUUCAGCAUUGGCCUCGAGAUGAUUUGCAGGAGGCCCCGCUUUGAAAGCUUCCAGGGGACAAUCCAGGAGAUGUCGCUAUUCUUGAUGAGUCGGACCGAUGCGUAUUUGAAGACUAAGGAGUACUUGAAGGCUUAUAACGAUGUCGACAUGUUGUUGAAUAUGCAGAUGAAUAGUCCUGAUAAUUUCUUGAGACGAGGUGUUGCUAAUUUCUUUUUGGGCAAUUAUGAGUUGGCUAGAGCCGAUUAUCAGCGAGGGUUAUCUUUCGAUGAGAAUAAUGAAAGGUUGCAGCAUGAGUUGAACAUUUGUCUCGACAAGAUUUUGCAGGAGAAUGGAGAUUACUUGUGA